CGGAACUGGAUGGAUUUUGCUCGCACGCACAGCAGCUUCACGCGGUCCGGUCACAGAUACUUGACGGAGCCGCUCGUGCGGAUGACAGACCGACCGAGCCCCGGGACCUCGCUCAUGAAUGGGACUCGGACAGUUGCUGUUGUUGUUGUUGUUGUUGUUGUUGUUGUUGUCGCCUUAAACGCAGAGAAGAAGAAGCAACUUUUUUUUUUUUCAUCAGAUGAAUAAAGUGAGUUUCUAUUCUCGAGACGAGUUUCCACGGUGCAGCAGCAGAGGAGCAUGGACAGCUGCUCCGAGACUGCGAGACCCUAGCGAGGAAAGGGGGGUAAAAGGGCAAAAAAGCUUAGGAACCGUGUGUGGUUGGUUUUAAGGAGAGGCGGCGCAAUCCUGCGAUGCCAGAAGACGCCCACAAGGCCGCCAUGAGAACCCCCGUGACCGCAGAGAAGGCCAAUAACAGUGAGCGCGGCGCGACCACGGUAAAAAUCCCGCUGGUCAACGAAGUCCAGCUGACCGCAGCCACCGGCGGGACGGAGCUCUCCUGCUACCGCUGCACCGUCCCGUUCGGCGUGGUGGUGCUCAUCGCGGGCGUGGUGGUCACCGCCGUGGCCUACAGCUUCAACUCGCACGGAUCCACCAUCUCCUACUUCGGCCUGGUGCUGCUCUCGGCCGGCCUGGUGCUGCUGGCGUCCAGCGCCGUCUGCUGGCGGGUGAGACUGGAGCGCAAGACGGAGCGGCGGCGGGAGAGCCAGACGGCCCUGGUCGCCAACCAGAGGAGUAUUUUCUCUUGAAUCCAGAUUUGUAGGGUCCGAGAGGGGGGCCUGGACCUCGGCGUGGUCCGGAGCCCCCAACGAAAACCAGCCGUGAGCAAGACGUCGUCCAGUUUCCGUGUAUCAUUUCCGACCCUGUUAAAAAUGCUUUGAGCGCCCAGAACUUAAAAGCUUCUGAAGACAUUGUAAGGGAUUUAUUUAGUCAAACAGACGUUGAGCAUCUGGCGAGCUGGGAACGCAGCCAGAUGGGGAAUGCAUUCACAAUUAAGAUGAAUGACCACUGUGGAGGAAGUCUCCCAUCGGUCAAUCUGCCGCUUGGAUGUGGCGGCUUUGAUUGUAAUGGGACGUGGUUGUGGUUUGACGAGGACGGGAAGAGAGGGGAACUGGAAAGUCCAGGACGAUUCAUUCAUGCCUAAUUUUCUACACUUUUCAACUUGCACAUAUCUGUUUUUAAUAUCGUCUCAUUGUUCAUCUCACAGGGAAAGAUGUGGAAUUGCCUUGUUAUGGAAGUUUGGUACUUGGAUGAGGAUUUUGCCAAUAUAUUCUCUAUAUAUUUAACCUUAAAUAUGUAAUCACUUAAAGCACUUUGAUCGCUCAUGAUCAUCAUAUUCAGUGUUCCUAUGAAUUGUGUGGAGGCGGUGGUCUUACUGUCCACAGUGUACUUCCAUAUUGUAAAGAAUAUUACAUGUAGCACCCGCUGUUUUUGUUUCAAUGUAACCGUUUGCAUGUAUCAACUGUCAACAGGACGUCGUGAGGAUCAAUAAACUCGUUAACAUGUAAAACAA